AUGGAGCGCGUGCCCGCAGCACUCACGCGGUUGGAGACGCGCAUGGACACUACUGAAAGAGCUAGUGCGCGGGUUAAUCAAGGUGCGGAGGAGGUACAAGGCGCGUUGCAAGCACAAGCGGCAUCCCAAGCGCAAGCAGCGUAUGGAGUUCAGGCGCAUCAUCAACCAGAACCGCCCCCAGCGCCGUACGCAUACCUUGGCUGUUUGCUGGGGCUUGGUGGGCACCGCGUGCCCAACGCUCGAGACUCAAAGUUGAUGAUCGGAAAGUUCAGCGGAGUGGAGCAAUACAAAGUACUGGGAAGUGAAUUUCGCCAGUGGGCGCUACUCUCCCUUGAGGUCAUUGAGAUGUCUGAGCUCGGGUCCGUAUACCAGUGGACUGAACGAGUUAAGGCGAACAAGCUCCAGCAGCAUCUGGAGAGAACGGCCUUGCAGGAUUAUCAAGCACACAUUGAAGAAUAG